AUGAUGCGAACCCAGGUCUCGUCGCUGCUGCGCGCCGCGCCCCGGUACCAGCAGGCCAUGGUUAUCCGCCGCGCCGCCACCACCCACGCCAUCUCCAACCCAACCCUCGCCAACAUUGAGAAGAGGUGGGAGACGAUGCCUCUCCAGGAGCAGGCCGAGCUGUGGAUGGCCCUGAGGGAUCGCAUGAAGGGUCCCUGGCAGGAGCUGACCCUCCAGGAGAAGAAGGCUGCCUACUGGAUUGCCUUUGGUCCCCACGGCCCCCGUGCCGCCGACCCUGCUGGCGAGGGUUCCCGUGUCUUCUUCGGCACCCUCGCUGCCGUCGGUGCCAGUCUCGCCAUCUUCGGCGUCAUCCGCCUGUUCGCCAAGCCCCCUCCCCCUACCAUGACCAAGGAGUGGCAGGAGGCUUCCAACGAGGUGCUCAAGAACCAAAAAGCCGAUCCUCUCACCGGUAUCGCCUCCGAGGGCUACGCCGGCGUCGGACAGGUUCAGUCGCCUCCCAAGCACUAA